GGGAGAACUCGCGCGAAAUCCAAAAGGUCCCUUGGAACUUUGGCGGUUGCUGCAUGAGAUCCCGCCGGCAUUCAAGGCCAGUAAGGGGAAACGUCGUCCUAACCGAAGAUGUGGGACAACGUUGAGCUCCUGACGAGCGACGACACAGGCAGUGGGCAGCUGAACAUAGGUUCCAGGCAAGAAUGUGGAAGCGCGCUCUAUCAGAUGAACACGCUGGUGAAAAUAACCUCGUCCCAAAAGGUUUUCUCUAACCCGGAAUUAAAGGCCUACAGUUUGAGUGACGGCUGCCUGCUGGCGGUUGACAGGACGGUGGUGGUACUUGACAAUGUUUGCCAGUCUCUUCAAAUGUUUAUUCCUUUUGAAACGGAGGUGGACAUGGUGGCCUUGUGCCAAGAAGGCCAGUUCCUUGUCGUGGGCGAAAGAAGUGGGAACUUGCACCUGAUUCAAGUAUCUUCAAAACAGACCCUGCUGACUAAGGCGUUAGUUCAAAGCUCUUUCGAUGAAAAGGCCUUUUUGGAUCUCAUUCUAGAAAGGGACAGGUCCGUUCAAGGUACCUACCAUGCAUUUAUUCUCACCAGCAAAGGUUUUUUCUGUAUUUUGCAUCUUCCACUUGCUAACAUUCAAAAAGCCAUUACUGAAAUGGACAUCAAUGCUGCCAGUAAGUUACAAAGUCAGGUGGAAACUUGCUUCAUUUCAGUAGAAGAUUAUCUCACUGCCGGCUGCUUUACCUGUGUGACGAAGGAUUCCGCGAACUCCUUUGCGGUGAUAAUAGGGGGGUCUGGCAGCUGCGCAGUGUCAGUCUGGGAAGUGAAUCCUGAUAAAAAGUUGGCUUCCAUUCAAGAUGUGGCUGAAUCCAGCCUGAUUGAAGCUGCAAAGAAUCUUCAAGUUGUGGAAAACUUGCUGUUUGUCUUAGACAAAAAGGCCGUGCUCUCCUUGUGGGAUCUCCCGUCCCUGACGAUGACUUGGCACUGCCCUUCCGUCCACAUGGAAGAAUUCCUUUUGACCUCCGAAUCGGAUUUUUCGGCAGGGGGAGGACUGGGGAUUGCCAAUCUUAAAUUGGUUGCUCUGACAACACUGGACCAUGUUGAACAGAUGAAGAGCAUUGUGGUUUUUUCCUUGCCAGCCAUGCGCCAGCUGUAUGCUCUGGAAGUCAGCCCUGUUUCCACGCUGGUGUGGAGUGUCAUCAAUACGGAUACAAUUUACUUCAUGGAGGGAAUGUACGAAAAGAACCAAAAAUCUUCGUCCGAUCCAGUCUCCUUUUUGCUAAUGAGAAGCUUGACGGAAGCCUUACCUGAGAACAGACUAAGCCGUUUACUCCACAAGCAUAAGUUUCCCGAGGCUGAAAGUUUCGCUCUUCAAUUUGGACUGGAAAUUGAGCUUGUCUACAAAGUGAAGGCGAACACUAUUUUGGAAGGAUUGGUUUCUGCCGGUAGCGAGGACCAGUCAGCCUGGCUAAAACUCGUCCUUCAAGUGAAGGAAACCCUGAAUAAAAUAAAGGAUAACUCAUUUGUGGCUGAGUAUUGCAUCAAUGCUCCUUGGCCGACCUACGAAACGGCUCAGGAAAUGCUGAAUUACGCUCGGGUGAUGAUCCUAAAGAAAGAAGCAGCAGCUGCUACUCAUUUCACGUACUUCGAUCCUGCCUCGUUCCUCAUAGAGGUGUUGCAAACGCAAGAGAAACUGACUACCUUUUAUGGGGCUUUCGGGCCAGAGAAAUACAGUGGAACAACGUGGUUAGAAUUCCUCAAGAACAAGGACGUCUUCAGCUACAUCCUUUCACAACUCAAAGGAGGAAACCUCUCUUCCGCCCAGUAUCUCUGGUUAAGGAAUCAGGCGGCGUUGGAAAGGAGCUUCAGCCAGGAAAUGCUGGAGGACUUGCUGGAGUCCAUCUCCGGGACGCUUCCCCUCCAAGAGCUGGCUCAGUGGCUGAAGCAGGUGGUUCUUCCUUUCGUAAGGCGGGUGCUGCCACGUGGACAGAAAGAAGUAGCAAAGUGGUUGGAAGGACGUGCUCGGAGCCUCGAACUCACGGACAAAGCCAACUGGCCAGAAAACGGCCUUGCGCUGGCAGAGGUGUUUUUUACCAGCAAAGAUGUCGGUGAUGUUGGACUGGCCUCAUUCUUCCAUUUUUCGAAGGACAGUGAAGACAGGGAGAUCCAACGCCUGAUGGAUCUGGUCGGCGCCUUGCAGGAUUUGGUAGAUCUGUACAGGAAAUACAACUGUAGGCUGACUCUCUGCAAUUUUGAAAAGGAAACCCCAAACACAAUUGUGUUCCGUAUGCUUGACAAAAUCCGGGCAGCCGAACUCCUCCCUGCGGCUUUAGAGAAUUAUAUCGAACCGUACAUGCGCCACCAUUAUAUACAAAAAGAUGAGAUCCUCCUGCAGUACAUAAAGGACCUGCUGCUGUGCCACCGCACACGUUCGUCCUCCGUUUUUGACACGAUGUGGGAAGCGAAAGCCAUCGCUGUCUUGGGCUGCAUGUCCAACUUAGAGUUGAUCUUCGAAGGGGUGCUGGCCAUAAUGCAUAGCGCCGUUGUCCCUUGGAGCCCGGGUGUGGAAGACCUAGUACAGCGGUACCGGGGCAUGGAGCAUGCCAGGGUGAAGCUACUGGAGGAAGGUUACCGCCUGAUGGAAAUGAAGAAGCUUCUGCGGAGUUACGGCAUACGCGACACCAACCUUUUAAACGAUAAGCAGAUGAUUCUGAUGCUGGGCAAGUUCAUCCUUAAACAGAACAGGACUUCUGCUUUGGAAGACGCCCUGAAAAUCAUAAAGGCGUACAUGUUGCCCACAGCUGAAGUCUACAUUUGGAAGAUCACGGAUCUCGUCAACAAAGAAAAGGGAGAAGACAUCUUGGAUCUACUGAAAUCUCUGCCUCCAUCGGAAGCCGUAGAAAUUGCGGAGAGAACUUUGAUUUGGGGGAAAAUUGUAGUGGAGGAAGAAGUGGACACAGCUGAACAAAAGAAAAUGCACCUGCAGGUGAAAAAGGCUUUGGUUGAAAUUCUCAAACUCCUGCUUAAUCUCCAGAAAGAAAAUCAUUCCAAGAAGGAAGAGUGUGAGAAAGAUUUAGAAACCUUUAGAAUUCUGGUAACUCUGCAGGAGAGUUUCGAGAUCUGCAUUUCGCCCAAACAUUUUUGCGAUCCCUCGUGGACGACUCAACUCCUUGAAGACCACAUCCAAGCCCAUGAAAAAGCAAGGAGGCUUAGAAAUCCGCAGGGAGUGGGGGAGACCAAGCCAGGAGACCCCAGCGGGAAGAAGGCGUUGACUCAAACGAGAUUGUACAGGUUGGGCUUCCUCCUGCAAAAAUCCGAAGCUGAAGUGGGAGCGCAAUUGGCUCUCCGAGCAUUAGACGACGGAGAGGUCAAGGAGGCACUGCAGAUAUGCAGUUACUUCUAUGAAUCCCACUACAACGAAGAGACGGGGCGGCUGCUGUUCCUGGUGUCUCAAAAGCUUUGUCAUAUGUUGGAGUCCAAUAUUCCUAUGGUGUUGCCAGAAGUCCAAGAUCUUCCAGAGGUCAUCUACUGCAUGGCUUGCCAAGCAGCUACUCUCUGCAGUCCGGAUCUUAUUUUAGAUGUCUUGGAGUUUUGCAAACACGCUUCUUUUGCCCGUGAAAUCUAUGCCAAAUGCCAAAUGGAAGAUCUUGGGUUUCUACCGCAGGCAAGCUCUCUCCAUACUGAGAAAGACCCUUAUGGAGCCUGGACGUUUGAGGAUUUCUUCACUGAAGACGGGGCCGUCCUCGACACCCCCGCCGUCCUCCCUUCCACGUACAAAAUUGCUUCCUCCCUUGUGCCUCUGGCAGAAUGGACGGCUUCCCCUCCUCUGGAAUCUGCCAGCCUGGCCUAUUGCUCGUUCAAACAAGGAAGAAACCGCCUGCGUCUGUGCAAGAAUGCCAUCUUCUCUCUGCUCGGCAGCCUCCAGGAAGGCAGCCAGUACGAGCUGGCUUUCGGCCUCAUCUCCAACGCCUUCGGAUCCCUCUUUCAGCACAUGACCUCCAACAACAUGGAUAUCACUCUGAGUAAAAAGCUGCACGACCAGAAGAUGCUAGAGGAAGUUCGCAUGUUCCUCCUGGCAGUGAUGCAGAAUUCCAUCUCGCUCAUCCAGAGCAUCGUGACAGCUUUGUUGCACAAGAUGUUCAACAGCCACUGCGUGGAUCAUCAGCUGGCCUUUGGCUACUGCACCCUCUUACCCAGAGCCGUGAUUUUCCAAAAACUCUGGGACAUCGUCAACCAAAUGUCGCAGAACUACAAGAAGAUCUUGGCUGUGGCUAUUGUGGGAACCCAACUAGCUCUUCACUAUGAAGACCCCCAGGAGAAAGCAGCUUUUGAGGACUUGGUCGUCGAUGCCGAGUGGGGCAUCACGCUGGGAAAGCUUGGGAUCUCUUUCCAGAGUGUAUUCAGGAUGCCAUCGGUAAGGAAGAAGGAGCUUCUAAGGACCCUGGUUCAACACCCAAAUGCAGACACCAGCCUCCUCCUGAAAUUCUGCAGAACCUUCCACCUAGACACGGAGGCCGCCCUGCAGCUCUACAUUGAAACCCAGCUCCAGGACGCCAGCUGGGAUCAAGGAGACUUGCAGCCGGGCGCCGGGAAGGAGCGUCACGUCCAGGCGGUGGCCAGAGCGCUUGAGACCAUCCCGCUGCUCAGCAGCACCACAGGCCUGGUGACCAGCCUCAGCGCCAUGCUCCACAAAGUGGAUCCGUACAACUACGAAGUCAUCGAAAGCCUUUUGACGGUGAUCGAAAGAGCCGGAGGUCAAGCCACAGGCUUCCCACUGACCCGGGCCAACAUGCUCCUAACCCACUUGAAAUCCUACAAGAGAAUGUCCCCUCCUGGGGAACUGGAACAGCAAUUCCUCUUUGAACAGGGAUUUUGCCUCUCGCCUCCUGCUCACACCCGGCUGCCUUUCCAUCUGAUGUUCUUUAAAACUUCGCAGUGCUUCUGGAAAAUCAUUCGUGCAGAAAUCAAUCAGGAAUCCUUCCCGACACUGCUUUUGAUAUGCAAAGUCAUGAAGGUUUCCUUGGAUAACCUCCACCUCUCUGCCGUGAGCCACAUUUUCCAAGAAGCGCUGAAGCCAAAGCUGUUAGCCGCGACCACAGCAGGGGGUCAUUUGUGCCCGGUGGACCAGAGAACGGAGGAGACCAUGCAGGCUGUCCAGUCUUACUUAAUGUCGAUCACGAACCCGGAAUGGGCCACAGCUUUAGCCCACCAGAUAGCUCAAGAGCUCCCGACAGGGCCCUCCAAGGUGCAGACUCUGAAAAUAUGCCUUGGCUUAGCAAAACAAUGGGCGAAGAAUCCAAGAGUCACGGAGGAGUCUCGUGAGAAGGCCCAGGCGCACCUGAAGAAGCUGCAGGGGCAGCAUAAGAAGGCGGCCACCGAAGCCGUUUUGGCAGCCCAGAAACUGAACACGGAGGACCAUCAGAAGCUCCUGGGCAAACCCACCAGUCUGACCAUCCAGCUUUACCAGCACAGCAGCGUCGCUGAGAGAAUCCAAAACCCGACAGGGAGAGACUAUCCGGAUAUCCAUGCUGCUGCUAGAGAAAUAGCACAAAUUAACGAUCUGGACUUGAAGAGAACCUGGGACCACCUGCUGGAGAGAUGGCUGUGUCCGAACGCCCUCCCGACAGGUGAGGCCUCGGAGGGUUUGGAAAACGUUCAAGAGGAGGAUGACUUGAAGAGAGUCAUAUACCUCCUCCAAGCUUAUCCAGUGGAGAACCAGUUAAGGAUUCUUUAUGAAUGUGCCGUUUCUGCCACCUCCCCCAUAGGUGUCAACCAGCUGACCUUCGCCCACCGAAGCCGAGCGCUCCAGUGUCUGCUCUUCCUGGCGGAUCCUUCGGCCAUUGAAUCGCUCUUCAAAAAACCCAUGGAGAAAGUCAGGAACUUCAUGAAAUGCUUCGUUUACCUGGCCCAGCUGGAAGCUCUGAAUAUCCCUUACACCUACGAAUCCUUCCACAGGGCACCGAAGGAGGGCAUGAUCAAAGGCCUGUGGAAGAACCACAGCCAUGAACCCAAGGCGGUCAAACUGGUGGCUGAACUGUCCUUGCAGUACGAAGUAUAUGAUCCUCUGCUUUGGAACGGUUUGCUGCAGAAGCUAAUGGGGUUCAAAAUGGUCCACUGUUUGAGGAAAGUUUUAGUGGAGAUCUCGGGCAUUUAUUCCUUAUGGCCGAUCCCAAAUUACAGCCGAGCCUGGCAGUGUGUCAUUCUAGCCCCAAUGCUUUCUGCUUUAGGUCCACCCAACCUUGAUCAACUGGAAGCCUUCUGCGGAAGUUUCAAGAUGCUUUUGAUGUGUCCCGUCUUGGCGGAUCUGGAUUUAACUGGGAUCGCAAAGCGAUACGCCCAGUUGGACCUGACGGCUUUGGCUUUAGGAUGCCUGGUCCUGAUUCCUCAACAGGAGAAGAGAGCCCAGCAGAUUCAGGCCUUUCUGUCCUCGUCCGAUCUCGAGCGGCUGCUGCAGCAGACGGAGGAGUACCUGAGCCUGGGCGAGGCGGCCAUUGUGGCUUCACAGGUGAGGAGUUCCAUCCUGGACCACAUCCUUCACCAGACAGACAAGGACUUGGCAGAUGUCAAAUAUUUCCCGUUAUUGAAGAUACAAGAAAGGCAUCCUGGCCAAGUGAAGGGCUUGGUUGAAAAAAUGGUAGCUAAGGACAGGAUGGAGGAUGCAGCAUCUCUAAUAAGAGAAUAUCUUCUGAAGCCCGAAAUGUCUCUUCCGUUGGAACGCACGGCUUCCGAGGUGGUGAAGAUGUACUUCAGGGAGCUGGCAUAAACUCGGAUGUAAAUUCCCCAAAGACGACGGUAUUUCUCCAUAACCUCAUCUGUACCUACAAAAGAUUUUAGCCUCAAUUCUACUUGAGACUAAUAUGAUCAACGUGUCAUUUCUGUCUACUGUGCAAAAGGAAACAGAAACGACUCUGAGAGUUCAGAGUAGAAACUAGUCUACUCUGAACUGAAAACUACUCUCUGUUGUACUGCUGUCUGUGUUUGCUUGUAAACUACUACUACGUUGGAGAAAACCUAUAUUGGUACUGUACAUUUAUCUUCACUGUGAUGAAAUUAGCAGGUUGUCAAGAGUUUG